AUGUCUAUGUUUUCACAGGACUUUCAAUCUGUGAAAUUUUACAUCUUCGAUAAUUUACCAACUUUAGAAACAUGUUGCUUUUGUAUGAAUUUAAAAAUUGGGUGUAUGAUUAUAGGAGUAGUCUAUAUACUUUUUGUUCUUGAAGCCUUUGGAAGCAUUACUUUCAGUAGCGAAUAUUCACAAUGCUACUUUGCAGGAGCAAUUUCGACCUUUAUUGGUUGCUCAGCCGGUCUAGUUUGUUUGGUUACUGCAGUAUCAGCAGGCCUAUUCCUUUAUGGAGUUUCUAAGGAACAAUAUCAGUUUCACAUUCCGUUUAUGUAUACAACAUUAUUAUUAGUUGUUUUCAAUCUGGCUACUAGCGUUGUAUCAACGUUUACCAAGAGUUGUGCGAGACCGUACCUUUUUGGAGGAGCGACUUUUGCUGGAGCUGUAUUGCUAAUUUACUGUCUCCUAAUAGUGAAUAGUCAUUAUAAAAAGUCAUUCGCUCAGGGACCAUCGUCUGCCAGCCGUGCUCCUAGCUCUUCAACAACGCCUAGAUCAAAUGAUACUCCUAAGACCGUUCUGACAGCUGAAACAAAUACGGAACCUACCGCCUUUGAAGCUGGUACCACCGUACCGUCAUUCGAAAGCGGGAAGUCAGUUAAAAAAUAA